GUGCUGGUUGCCGGAGUGAACGGUCCAGAUGCUGGGCUGGCUCUCUUCCGCCGCACGGAUGAUGCUUCCGCAGCCCAGGCUUGGCAGGUGGAGGCGCCCUGGCCGCCGCCAGCGCCUCGCAGCGGUUGGCGCUCGUUGGAUCGUGUCUCCCGGGGCGAGUUCCUGCACUUUUCGCAGUCGCUUGUGGUGCUCGGCCAGAUGUCGGCUCUGGGAUCUCACGAAGUUGGGCUCUACGAUGCUGCACUCAGCCCACCACGCGGCCUCUCGGCGUGCGCGGGGCACUGGGACUUCGUGGCAGAUGUCUGUGCCAUCUCUGCGCAGUCCUUCGCUUCAGCAUCCCUCGAUGGAUCCCUGCUGUUGUGGGAUCUGCGCAGUGGCCUCGGCCCCAUGGCAAAGGCCGGCUUCCGGGAAGCUGCGCCCCGUUCCCUGUGCAGUGUGGCUGCAUCCGGGGAAUGUGGGCUGCUGCUUUGCGGAGGCUUGGCCGGCGAGCUCGGCCUCUUCGAUGUGCGGAAUCUCAAUGAGCCGCUGGCGCGGCCCGCGGCAGUGAAUGGGGCCGUGGUGCAGCUGCAGCUGUGGCCGGCCUCCGAUCAAGUCGUGGCCGCUGUUGCUUCUGCUGAAGAAGGGCUCUGUUCACUGACCAUCGGGCCUGGCUGUGGCGAGGGAAGGCUGCAGCCUGCCGUGUACACGCCUGCCCUUCAGGAGCCCCGGCGCUGCUACGAUGUCGCUGUGGGCCCUGGCCCCUGGCAGCGCG